AAAUAAUUGUUACCUCUCUGGUAGUGCUGGCUUGGUAUUUUGGUGUGUUUGGGUUUUUUAUUUAUUACUAAAACAACAUUUCAGAAAAUGAAAAUCUGUUUACAAUGGAUAGGAAUCAUAUCUGUGCCAGUCAAACAGCAGCACAAGAAGGGAGUUGCUUCCACUUUUGGUGCAUUGCUAAUUAAAGCUGCGAUAAAUCAAGGCAGUGAACUUUUAGAUUCAUUCUAAUAGAUCUUGUGCUUACAGUUGAAUCAGCUAGCAUUUGUGCUAACAAAGUUUUGAGAAGUGUUAUAACUUAGAAUUCUUUUCUCCAUUUCAUUUUAGGCCCUUCUCUCCAAAACCAUGCCAGAGAUGACAGAAAAUGAGACUCCUAGUAAGAAACAGCAUCGAAAGAAAAACCGGGAAACACACAAUGCAGUGGAGAGACAUCGAAAAAAGAAGAUCAAUGCUGGGAUAAAUCGAAUUGGAGAGCUCAUUCCAUGUUCCCCAGCUCUUAAGCAGUUAAAUGCCAGAAGAGGUGUCUCUGAAGGGGCUGUGAUUCAAGACUCCUGGGUUCUAGUCCCUGCUCUGCCACUGACUAGUAAGAACAUGAUACUGGAUCAGGCCUUUAAAUAUAUAACAGAAAUGAAAAGGCAAAAUGAUGAACUCCUAUUAAAUGGAGGGAACAGUGAACAAGCUGAGGAGAUAAAAAAGCUCCGGAAACAGCUGGAUGAGCUCCAAAAGGAAAAUGGGCGAUAUAUAGAACUCCUGAAAGCAAAUGACAUUUGCCUGUAUGAUGAUCCCACAAUACACUGGAAAGGGAACCUCAAAAAUGCAAAGGUCUCUGUUGUCAUUCCCAGUGAUCAGGUUCAAAAGAACAUCAUUGUCUAUUCGAAUGGGAGUCAGCCCAGUGGAAAUAACCAGGGGGCGCCUGUCCAGGGAAUAACUUUCAAUGUUGGGAAUAAUUUACAAAAACAAACAGCAAAUGUUGUACCAGUCCAGAGAACUUGCAACCUAGUGUCCCCUGUGACUAUUUCUGGUAUUUGCCCCACAGAAAACAAGCCAUGGUCUCAAACCACAGUUUCUCCAUUGGCAUCCAGUCAGCCCGUUCCAGCAGGGAAUCUUCUUGAGCUUUCCACCUCAGAUAAUGAGCAGGCCCUUCUUAGUUCUGCUACUGCCAAUUUACAAAAGGCUUCUCCCUCGGGGACAGAACCAGAACUAUAUUGUUCCUCAAGUAACAUGUCACAGAAUGAUCAAAAUGUCCCCCAAGCCAAACAUGGACAAGAAAGUACCAAGUUAACAAAGAAAACAGUCACACCUGGCAUCAGUCUUCCUCCUAAUGCUACAAUUGAGGCAUCUCAAAUUCAACAGGUGAAUGUGUCCUGUUCAAGGUUGCAGGAUUCUAGAAGUGAAUUUCAAGAAAGCUUUGUAGUUUCAGCCACUGCUACCACUUGUACCCCAUCUGUGAGACUUUCCAUCAUGGAUGGCUCCCCAUCAGUAAAUGUUCUCAAAAGUACAGACUUGGGAAGUAGUGCUGGCAUGCCAGUGACUUCUGCAGUAGGAGUGAAGGCUUUAACAGCAAUAAGCACACUGCCUGCCAGUUCUUUAGACAACUGUUGGUCUUUUUCUGGCUCUUCGAGUGUUGGUGCUUCUGACUUGAAAAACAUGAGUAACCUGACAUGGAUCCCUCCAGUUGGAAACACACAGACUACGUGGACUACUUUGCAAUUAGCAGGAAACACUGUUCAGCCACUAAGCCAAACUCCUUCUGGUUUAAUGACUGCAUUAUUAAAUGAGCCAGUAACUAGUGCUCGUUCAGUAUCUUCCACCUCCAAUAGGCAUUUGACUGCAAGCAUGAGUCUGAAUCCUUCUUUGACUGGAGACAGACAGGCAGCUGAACAAAUUGUUGUUACCAUGCCUUCUUGCCCAUCAUUACCUGUGCAGCCAUUAAUCACUCAGCCACAGGUUAAGGCCCAGCCUGCAGGAAAUAUACUUCCAUUGAAUUCAGCUAUGCAGGUAAUUCAGAUGGCUCAACCAGUUGGUGGGUCAGCUGUUACUGCAGCACCAACUAAUCAAAAUGUCAUAAUUCUCCAGCCUCCAAACACUACCCCAUGUCCUCCAAUAGUGAGAGCUGAAGUUUCUAGCCAAACAGUUAGCCAGCAGAUUGUGAUUAUACAAGCAGCUAAUCAAAAUCCGCUUCCCAUCCUUUCUGCACAAGCCCCUGGUUCUGUCAGAGUUCCUGUGAAUGGACCCAGUCCAAUAACAAACUCUAACAACCCUGUGCAAAAUGCCUCUGCUCCACAAACAUUUGGAGGGAAGCAUCUUGUCCAUAUAUUACCAAGACCGUCCUCUUUACCAUCUUCUAGCUCUACACAAACCUUUUCUGUUACCAUGUCAAAUCAACAGCAUCCUCAGACCAUCUCUUUAAAUGGGCAGCUGUUUGCAUUGCAACCUGUAAUGUCCUCAUCUGGAACUUCAAAUCAGACCCCUAUGCAAAUUAUUCAGCCUACCACCAGCGAAGAUCCAAAUACUAAUGUUGCCCUCAACACAUUCGGUGCUUUAGCUAACCUCAAUCAAAGUAUAUCACAAAUGGCUGGGCAAAGCUGCUUACAGCUGCCACUCAGUCAGCUUACUAAUCCCACAGUUUCCAGCAGCCAGAUUGCCCCAAUAAACUGUGUAGCACUACCAACUUCUACAUCUUCCAUAGCUACUGAAAGUUCAACAGUGUUACCCAGUGCUGCUCAUUCAGUAAGCAUGUCCCCCAAAAAACCUGCUAGUGUGCCAUCUAAUGUAAAAUCAAAAAGGACAAAUAAAAAACAGAGUACAAAAAAACAUUUAAUAUCCAUUAACAAAAAUUCAUGUCCAGCAGUUCCUUGCAGAGAUGUAGGGAAGCUUGAUUGCACUAAUGUGGAAGGUACAGACCAGCGUUCUGAUAGUGAAGGGCUGCUUAAAAAUACACCUGUGCUAUCACAAACCUUAGAUGUAUCGCAAGCAAGAAGUGUGGCAGCACCAAGUCCUGUAAGCACUUCUGAUGAUUGUUCCAAAGAAGCUCAUAAUUCUGAACAGAUGAUGGGAUCUGGCCAUUUGCCAGAGCCAAGCUCAACAGAGAUUCCUACUUCUUCACCGUUGAAAUCAGUGAUGUCAGAACAAUUUGCAUUGGUUCAGUCAAGUUCCAAAGAUUCCAUUCCUCAACAAGCAUGGAGGUCUCAAAAUAAUCCACUCCCCAACUCUGCAUUGCUGGAAUCGUCCAAAUCCAAUGCAACUCCUAGUGUCUCAAUGUCUUCUCCUUGUGAAGCACAUGUAACAAUUUCUCAGAUUCCUGAGACACCAAGAGCACAAAGUAGUGCAACAAACCAUCCUUCUGAGACAGAAGCCAUUUCAGAGACCUGCAGCAUAGGGCAGAAUUCUUCAAUUGGAGUGCAAGGCACAGAUUUGUUAGAGGGACAAGGUCUAACUAAAAUGCUGUCUGACCUUACUAAAGAAAGAACAGCUGCACAAAAAACCUUUGCAGUUCACGUUGAACAUUCUAAUUUUCCCACAGAAAACUCCAAAACAAUAGAAGCAAAUGUCAGUUUGCCUGAGAAGCAGGAACUCUUGCUAAUGAACACGGAAGGUGAUACUCUCACACAACACCAUUCUUGCAUUUCUGACCAAGAGGUGGUUAAUAGUUCUCUUGUUGCUAGCAGACAGGCAGACUCUCCAAUGUCGACUAGCUCUGGGAGCAGCCGUGGCUUCUCAGUUGCAUCCAUGUUGCCAGACACAUCUAAGGAAGAUGUUACAAGCAGCACAUCUACAAAUACAUAUAGCAGCUGCACAUUUUCAGAGCAAACUGAUAUAGUAGCUCUUGCAGCAAGAGCUAUUUUUGACCAAGAGAACCUUGAGAAAGGUGGAGGGGGAGUACAAGUUAAUAUAAGGGAUACUGUGCCUAAGUCUGCUGAAAUUGCACCUUUGGAGAGAGAGCAGCAGUCUUUUAAACUACAACCACCUAAGGAUAACAAUGCAGGACAGUUGGAAAUAUCACCCAGCAAAUUCAGUGCUCAGGAUUCAGUGCAAACAAAUAGUGAAAGACCAGCUGAAAAACCAAGCUGUUCUGUAGGGGUAGAAACAUCCAACACCUCCUUACAGAUUUCAACAUCCCACUCACCAAAUGUAACUAGCUUAAGUGUAAAUAAUCUUAUACAUCAAAGCUGCAUAAUACAUCCUCUUGUGAGUUGCUCAGGUUUAUCCCAGCCAUCAGAGCAAACACCUGUUCCUGCAACUGUGAAUCUUUCCAUAUCCUCUAGUUCUUUUGUCAGUCCGUCUCCAGGACCAGCUAUGGUGACUGAAUAUGCUCAAGAACAACUGAAUGCAAUUAGGGCAAACCCCAUGCAAGCACCCCAGAUACAAGAACCACACUUAAAGCAGCAGACCCAUGAAAGUCUCAAGGAUGCAGCUAAGCGUGCUGUGCAAGAUGACUUUCUGCUUUCUACAGCAAAGAGGCAAAAGCAGUGUCAGACAACACCUAUCAGGCUGGAAGGCAUGGUCUUGAUGAACCGAACACCAGAUGGUAUAGCUGAUCAAAGUCAAAUGCUGGUUAGUCAAAUGCCUCCCAGUUCAUCCAAUCCAGUGGUGUCAGUGAGCAGUCAAGGGCACACUGAUGGCCUUAAUAGAUUAUUCCCAUCUGCGAACAGUUUUGUAACAACUGUGAGGCAAACUGAAGUUCAAUGCAGUUCUCAGCCUUCAAUAUCAGAGCAGCAAAGUCAAACAGGGGGUCAGCAUCUACAGUCCAUUCAGCAUGUUCCUGCCCCAGGCAUAUCGCAUAUUCAUAGUAAUCACCCAUACUUAAAACAGCAGCAGGCUGGACAACUGAGAGAGAGACAUCACUUGUACCAGAUGCAGCAUCACAUUCCUCAUGCAGAGAGUUCAGUUAAUUUGCACCCCCAUAAUGUCCACCAACAAAGAACAAUUCAACAGGAGGUGCAAAUGCAAAAGAAACGAAGCCUUGUACAAGGAACCCAAACCACUCAACUUUCUUUGCAGCAGAAGCACCAUGGUAGUGAUCAAAGUCGGCAAAAAAAUGGUCAGCCACAUCCACACCACCAGCAAAUGCAGCAGCAAUUGCAGCAACACUUUGGAAAUUCUCACCCUGAAAAGAACUGUGAAAACCCUGCAACAAGCAGAAACCAUCAUAAUCAUCCUCAGAGCCAUAUAAAUCAGGAUAUUCUGCAUCAGCAACAAGAUGUUAGCAACAGACAGCAAGCCUCAGGAGUUUCCUCUGAACAUGUAUCAGGGCAUAACCAGAUGCAGAGACUUAUGACCUCAAGAGGUUUGGAGCAGCAAAUGGUGUCCCAGCCAAGUACUGUAACUAGGCCAUCGGAUAUGACCUGUGCCCCACACAGGCAGGAAAGAAACAGAGUUUCUAGUUACUCUGCAGAGGCACUGAUUGGAAAGACACCUUCUAACUCUGAACAGAGAAUAGGUAUACCUCUUCAAGGCCCUAGGGUUUCAGACCAACUUGAAAUGAGAAGUUACCUUGAUGUCUCCAGGAAUAAAGGCUUGGUAAUUCAUAACAUGCAGGGUCGUAUAUCCAUAGACCAUGUAGUUGGUUCAGAUGUGCAGCGGCUUUCUGAUUGUCAGCCAUUUAAGCCAGGUGGAGCUAGCCAGCAAUCAGCAGGCAAUUUUGAUGUGCAGGCCUCAAGACACAGUGACAUUGGUAAUUCUGUGUCAUCUCUCAGAGGCAUGCAAUCACAAGUUUUUCGAAUUAGUCAAAAUACUGUGCAACCCAUAGAGAGGCAAAAGAGGUUGCCUUAUCAGCCAGUUCAGGGUAUUCCAACUGGAAAUGCUCUUCUACCGCGGGACAAUGAAAACACAUGCCACCAAAGUUUUAUGCAGAGUUUACUUGCCCCUCAUCUUGGAGAUCAAGUUAGUGGAAGCCAAAGAUCAAUUUCAGAACAUCAAAGGAAUACACAGUGUGGUGCAUCUUCCACCAUUGAAUAUAAUUGUCCCCCCACACGAGAGAGUGUCCACAUCCGAAGAGAUAGUGAAGCUCAGAAUAGGGAAAGCUGUGACUUGUCUAUGGGUACGAUUAAUACUAGGAACAAUUCUUUAAAUAUUCCUUUUUCAAGUUCUUCCUCGGGAGAUAUUCAGGGUCGAAACACAAGCCCAAAUAUUUCUGUACAGAAGUCCAACCCCAUGAGAAUGAGUGACAGUCAUGGAACCAAGAGCCACAUGAAUACGCCUGUUUCUAGUAAUCUGCAUGGGGUUGUCCGGCCAGCUCUCCCUCACCCUGCAGUCUCUCAUGGAAAUGCAGAGCAAGGGCAACCACCUGCUCGUCAACCAAAUUCUUCUGUCACUCAACGAUCCAGGCAUCCUUUGCAUGAUAAUAAUGGCUCUAAAAUCCGCCAGCCAGAAAGGAACCGAUCUGGAAAUCAAAGACAUGGAAAUGUAUUUGACCCUAGUCUUCCCCAUCUUCCUCUGUCUACCAGUGGCAGUAUGAUACUUGGGCGCCAACAGUCUACAGUAGAAAAAAGAGGCAGCAUUGUCCGUUUUAUGUCGGAUAGCCCACAAGUGUCUAAUGAUAAUGCAGCCCCUGACCAGCAUACUCUGUCUCAAAAUUUUGGGUUCCCUUUUAUUCCAGAAGGUGGUAUGAAUCCACCAAUAAAUGCCAAUACAUCUUUCAUUCCACCAGUUACUCAGCCCAGUGCCACUCGAACACCAGCCCUUAUCCCAGUAGAUCCUCAGAAUACACUGCCAUCAUUCUACCCACCUUAUUCUCCUGCCCAUCCCACUCUGUCAAAUGACAUUUCCAUCCCCUACUUUCCCAAUCAAAUGUUUCCUAAUCCAAGCACAGAGAAGCCUAGUAGUGGAGGUUUAAACAAUCGAUUUGGAUCCAUUUUAUCUCCUCCCAGACCCGUUGGUUUUGCUCAGCCUAGUUUUCCUCUUCUCCCAGAUAUGCCACCAAUGCACAUGACCAAUACGUCACACUUAUCCAAUUUUAACUUGACAUCUUUAUUUCCAGAAAUAGCCACAGCUCUUCCUCCAGAUGGUUCAGCAAUGUCACCUUUGCUUUCAAUAGCAAACACAUCAGCUUCAGAUUCUUCCAAACAAUCUUCAAACCGACCGGCCCAUAAUAUAAGCCAUAUUCUAGGUCAUGAUUGCAGUUCAGCUGUAUGAAAACUAAUAGGCUGACAUGGAGUCUGAUGAGUUGUUUAUAGAUAAAUAUAGAUCUUAGCUGGCAUCUCUGAAGAGAACAUUCAUAGCAACACUUUGUAUAAAAUCAUGUGUGUACAUGGGUGCUUACUUAUGUACAUAUUGUGUAUCAACUGACUUUCAAGUACCAGUGCCUAUAACAAUGCUUACUAGUAACAGUAAGAGUGCAAAGCCUAGAGCUCUGAAGGUAUUGAUUGUUGAUUUUGCAACAUUCAAUAAUCUGAUUGUCCUGAGCUAACUGCCACCCUCAGUGCUUGGAUCUAAAGCAUCAAGUAAAAUUUCAAUUUUGUGAGAGCUGGGAUUGAAGGAAACAAGUGUUUGGGAUUUUAUUUUAAUGUUUGAUUAAUUUGCCCAGAAGGUACAGUGAAAUAUAUAUAUUUUCUUUUUUGGUAAAUUUAUUUUAGAGCCUUGCACACAAGUCAACUUGGUGUUAAUUUAGACACCUUUGUGGGCUCUCUUACCUGGUAGAAUUUGUCACGUGCUCUACUCAAGGCUGACUUUAUUCAGGAAAACCCAUUGUGUGUGUUUUUGGCAUCAGCAGCUAAAAAAAAAAUGAAAAUACUCGAAUUCCCUUUAAAUAUGACUUCAUGUCUUUUUCCGAGGAGAAAAUUUUAAUUCAGAUUUGUAACUGGUUCCUGCUGAACUGUGUGUUGCAUUGUUAGUACAAUUUAUUACUCCUUUUAGUGAUAUCAGCAUAGAUGCAGCAGUCCUCUUUGUUGUCAUCUGUUUAUUGUUAGUAUGCUGCAAGUUACCUCAGGUAUAGCUUUCUUAUACCUUGUUUAGCACCUUCAAAAUGAAUCUAUCUUUCUUUCUCUCUCUCUUUUUUUUUUAAAUUCAUGUCUCCACAUCUAUGCUUUCAUUCCUCCUUUCUUUGGAUUAAGGCCCUUUCCUGUAAUUGACAGCAAGUGGGCAGACUACUGUGCCUAAGUGGAACCCCACUGAAAUUAAUAUGGCUCUUUGGAGGUACAGCAGUCUGCCUACUCUGUGUCAUUGCAGGAUGAGGAUCCUAAAUAAACGUUAAUUCUUUGCACUUAUAUAGCACCUUUUAUCUAAGCCAGUGUGACUGUGGAUAUAUUAGUGUGUCAGGGUUUAAGCUCAUGGUAUAUUGGGAACUGCUUAGUAAUAUGAGCAUGGUAAUGUGUGUGUGGUGUUGGAGGAGAGAAUGUUAAGCAAGAUUUUUAAUUGUCUGUAAUUCUUUUGCAAAAUUUUGGUCCCAUGGUUUUAAAUGAAAAUAAGGGAGGAACUAGGUAAGUGAUAUUUAUUUAGUGACUUCUGUAAAAUUGUCGUCUUAAGUAAGGUAGAUAUUCUUUGUUAUGCAUCUGAAAAUGAUCAUGCAAGACUUUUUCUUAAGAUCAGAAAUAGUAACUAUUAGUUUUGCUUCUAAACAAACCCCUUCCCCUCCUAUUAGAGGGUCAGAUUGCAGGUCUUGCUCCUUUACAGUGUAGUAGAGAGGAUUAACAGCCAGAGUUGUUCUGAGGCAUCCUUUCCAUGCAGGGAAAAUUCAAAGCCAUUAAAUGCUUCAAAUGCCUGCUUGUUGUAGCAUGUUUUAAUCCAGUUGCUGCUGUCAAAUCUCUGUGGGGUGAGGGGAACCGUGUAAUGUCUCAUUGUAUCUGUGAAACAUCACAGUGGGCAUGUCUAUGUGAGCUAGGAUGCUGUAGCUCAUCACUACAGAGAUGUAGUGGGCAUGAACUGUGACACUGAUGCUGUUGUGCGGUAGCAACAACCUACUGUGCAAUAGGGUUGGAAAUGACCCAUGUGCCACCGGGACUGCGCAGUAACAACUGUGCAGUCUGAUGCACGUGUAGACGCGUG